CCUCUCUCUCUCCUACAACAACCCUUCCAUUAAUUUCUCUCUCUUUCAACUUAUUAAAUAAAUAAUCUCUCAUUCCAACCCUACCACUUUCUCUAACUUGCACACUUUCCUUCAUGCAACCUUUCAGCACAGAAAUGCAUUCUCUUAACUCCCUUUUCAACUCCUCUUCUUCUCCUCAAAUCCCCAUUCCUCUCCCCAAUCACCACCAACACACCAACAACGACACAGAAGAUUUUCUCAAACAAAUGCUCUCCAAUCUUUCUCCUCCCUCUCCCUGGACCAUCCACCCUAAUUCCGACGAGCAUUUCACUUUCCCUUAUGAUCAACAAACCAACCUCGCCUCCAACAACCACCAGAUCACUGUUAAAACCAUCCCCGCCCAUCCCGCUGACUUUGACGCCCUUUUACAGACUGGUGACGGUUCCGUUCAAGAUAUCUAUAACGGCCUCUCUGGAUUUCUCCACAAUCAACCUCCUCAGGUCCAAAAUAUUGGAGGUGGUUCAGUGAGUGCAACGAACCAAGCUCCGGUGGCUCAACCGAAGCAGAAAGUUAGGGCUAGGAGAGGACAGGCCACUGAUCCACACAGCAUCGCCGAGAGGUUAAGGAGGGAAAGAAUAGCUGAAAGAAUGAAAUCAUUGCAAGAGCUUGUUCCAAAUGCAAAUAAGACAGAUAAGGCCUCCAUGCUGGAUGAGAUCAUUGAUUAUGUCAAGUUCCUAAAGGUUCAAGUCAAGGUUUUGAGCGUGAGUAGAUUAGGCGGAGCUGCAGCGGCCGCUCCUCUUGUAGCUGAUAUGUCCUCCGAGGGUGUCAGUGACUGCGUCCAAGCCAACGGCGGCAACGCUGGGCUCCACCCUAAAACGUCGUCGUCGAACGAGAGUCUCACAAUGACGGAGCAUCAGGUGGCGAAGCUUAUGGAGGAAGACAUGGGAUCCGCCAUGCAAUACUUGCAGGGCAAAGGCCUCUGCCUCAUGCCUAUUUCUCUCGCCACUGCAAUCUCCACUGCCACGUGUCACACCAGGAACCCUUUGAUUAACGGUGAUGGGCCAUCUUCUCCCGGAAUGUCCGUUAACAGCAUAGUCAAAGAUGCUAACUCUGCUUCUAAUAAGUCGUAGGCACCGUUUGAUUGACUUUUGGUAACAAAAUACAAAAUGAAGAGGACCUUUACGACGUCGUAUUUACCUAGACUUAAGAGGAUACUAACUUUUGUAUUUAUUUCCGCAUAUUCAUCACACCCUUAUCAAUUUUCUAGGUUCUUAUUUUUGUUUGAUAUUUUUUAAAAAUAUUUUCCCUUUUUUU